UCCUGCUCUGGUGAUCAUCAACUCUGCAGCUGCUACAAGAAUGAAGGUCGUCGUCGCUGCGUUGUCCAUGCUGGUCUGUUCCGCCAUUGCCCAGGUACCCCUCAGCGGUAACUCCCUCGUGGGUAGGCCCUUCGGUCUUGGUUUCAACAAUGGAGGCGUUGUUGGCAACGUUGGUUUUGGUGGUAAGGGUCAUGGCUACGGCUACAACCCUAAAGGCUACAACAACUACGGCUACGGUAAAGGUGUUGCUGGUCCCUUCGUCGCCGGACAUGGAUCUGGUCUUGUAGGACAGGGACCUUUUGUCGGCCAUGCUGGUUCCUUUGAUGGACACGGUCCACUCGUUGGAGGACACGGUGUUGCUGGACACGGCCCCUUCAUUGGUGGACAUGGCGUUGCUGGACACGGUUCCGUCAAUGGUGGACAUGGUGUUGUUGGUAAUGGAUACGGCUACGGCUACAACCCCUACAACAACAACUACGGCUACGGUAAAGGCGUUGGCGGAGUCGGUGUUACUGGUCCCUUCGUCACCGGACAUGGAGCUGGUCUUGUUGGACAGGGACCUUUCGUUGGUCAUGCUGGUUCAUUCGCAGGACAUGGACCCUUUGUUGCUGGUAACGGCGUUGCUGGAAAGGGACACGGCUACAACUCUUACAACGGAGUUGGGAAUGGAGUUGGUCUUGUAGGAAAUGGACUCCUUGGACAGGCCGGACACGGCCUCGUAGGACCCCUCGCAGUCGGUGGCCACGGUGUUGCUGGUCAGGGACAUGGCUACGGCUACGGUACAAACGUCGAACAUGGAGCUGGUCUUGUUGGAAAUGGACUCCAUGGACACAACGGACACGGACUCGCAGGACCUCUCGCAGCCGGACAUGGUGUUGCUGGUCAGGGACAUGGCUACGGCUACAACCCCUACAACAACAACUACGGCUACGGUCAGAACGUGGGACAUGGGGCUGGUCUUGUAGGACAUGGCACUGCUGGACACGGAUCGAACGGACCUUUCGCUACCGGACAUGGUGUAGCUGGACACAGUCUCGCCGGACCUUUUGCUACCGGACACGGUGUAGCUGGACACAGUCUCGCCGGACCUUUCGCUGCCGGACACGGUGUUGCUGGGCUUGGAGUCGGCCAAUUCGGAUCCAAAACUCAUGGUGGAAACGUCGGAUUCGGCGGUGUUGCCACCGGCCAUUACUACUAAAAACAUUUGACGAAUGAGUGUGUUUUAUACUUCAUGGUUUUUUACUUGAUAUAU